CACUCGCACUCUCCAACUUAGCCCCCGUUAAGGCGAUAUUUGUGAGUGUUCGUUUGUGCCGUUUCCCCAAGUGCGGAUAGACGAUAAACGGGGACGCGUGCGGUGGGCGUAGAUCACGCGUGUCACGUGUCAGUUGAUUCUCGGUUAAAUGAAUCUUGCGUUUGUCAAGUGCCUCUCUGUCAGAUUCGUUUUGUCGCUCGGCAGCAAUACCGUGCGCGUCCUGUAAUUCGAUGACGCGGUGGCAACGAUAUAUUUGUAGAAACGUUAAAUACCAGCACGCAAAAUCCGAAUCCGAAUCAAAGUUGAAGUCGAUUCGAAAGCCCGAUAAUAUCCCGCGUAAUCGCUCGAUCUACAAAUCGAACUACGUGAAGUAAGCUACAGGGACUACAGAAUAAUUGCUACGACAAAAGUGCGCGGACGCGCAGCUACGGUGACGAACGCGGCGUCGCGUAGCACGUGCGGAUGUAUGCGUGUGUACGCGCGCGCGCGCGCGCGAGCGGCCCGCAGGAGCGAAGACGAGCGAGGUAAUCGCGUUGGGACUGAACUAUCGCGUGAAUCAUUUCGUUACGAUUACACGUGCCAUUUUCAUUGAUGAAUUAUGAACGGAAUGGCUCCGUCGAUUAUUAUUACUCGUGUCAAAUCAGUCCUUUGUAAGCGAACGCAUUUUAUUUCGUAACCGAAACGUACUACGACGCAUGGUCUCGUGUAUAUUCGUUACUGAUGAUAUUUAUCGGAUUAGCAGUGUGAGUGACGCGACGCGUGUCAAUAGUAAUAGUGAUGUCGGUGUAACUUGGCACCUGGCGUCCUGGCUUGAUAUAACAGUUUGCCAUAGUGAACGUCUAGAACAACAUAAGCUUGCAGUAAGAAAAUUACUGACGUACUUAUACAUUAUUACAAUAUAGAAAUAAGUACACUCGAUAUGAAAUGACAAGAGAUUCGUUGUUAUAAAUUGUAUGCAUCAUAAAACGCAAUCACCAUGAAACGAAGUAUAGAUGGAAGGAAUCUUUCACAAGAUGAGAUUGAUGAACAUGAUCCAUUGCAAACUCAACAACAACAGCAGCAAGAUGAAGCAGAUCAACAACAGUUAGAGCAACAGCAGCAAACUGCCCAACCACAGAUUCGUUUUUUAAGCGCCAAUGUAUUACAGCAAUUGCAGCAACAACAAGAUGUUCAACAAGCUCAACAACAGCAACCACAAGUUAUUACCCUGCAAAAUUUUGUGCCUUUACAAGCUCAACAAUCACAACACGAUCAGCAAAGAGCGCAAACAAUCUCUGUCCAAUCACUACCUCAUCAAUUUUUACAGGGUGCUCAGAUUAUUAGCAGUGCUCAGGCACAAGCGGCUAUUCAUCAACAGCAGCAGCAGCAGCAGCAGCAGCAACAACAGCAGCAGCAACAGAGUCAACAGCAGUCUCAGCAACAACAGCAGGCUCAACAACAAACGCAACAACAGCUCAGCUAUAGUGUAAUCCCACAAAUGCAGACUGUUAAUAUAGAUGGUCAGGAAGCUUUGUUCAUUCCAUCCUCUGCGAUGUCCGCAACGGGUGGCCAUCAUCAGGCACAACCAACAAUGCAAUUUGCUACUACGAAUGGUCAGCAGAUGCAACUCACAGGCCAGCAAGUUCAAUUAGCAAACGGUCAAACUAUUAUCACACCGCAGCCAGUUAAUCUCAUAAGAACACCGAACGUCUUUCCCACCUCUAUUAUACAAAAUAUCACAGGACAAACAGUUCAAUUACCAACAGGUCAAAGCGUUCAAGUAAGACCGCUCCAAUUUCCUAUGCAACAUGUUCAGCAAGCAGUACCUGUGCAAUUACCAGUCGCUACCAAUAACAAUGGACAAACUGUUUAUCAAACUGUACAUCUUCCUGUACAAUCUCUGUCUAGUGUUUUCAAUAUGCCUACGACGCAAAUGAUACCCCAAAUUAUGCAACAAAUACCUCAAGUGGCACAGAUAAUUACGCCGAGUGGUCAGAUUCAGCAAGUGCAAAUUGCUAGUUUACCUCAGUUACAAAAUCUUCAGAGUCAGCAAGUAACGCAAGUUGCACAGCAAGCACAGCAGCAAGUCGUCCAACAACAAACCCAACAGCAAGUGGUACAAUCAGUGCAACAGCAACAACAAGUUGCUCAAGCUCAAGUGCAGCAACAGCAACAAGUACAACAAGUGGUGCAACAGGUAAUACAACAACCAUCUCAACAACAACAGCAGCAGCCGCAACAGCAACAGCAGCAAAUACAACAAUCAUCUGCUCCAUCAUCAACAGUAGCGACUUGGAGCACAACAGUUGCAACGCCUAGCAAUGUUCAAGUACUUGGUAUAGGUACGUUAGGAAGAAAUAUAACGGGAAGCAACGUAAUUACGACUAAAGAUGGCCAAAAGAUCGAUGUGCAAACAUUAUCUACUUUAACAAGACCGCCUGAAACAGUAGAGGGUGACAUCAAAGUAACUAAUAUCGAUGCCAGUCAAUUAACUAGUGGGCAAGUAAUACAUAUCCCCGCUACACAAUCGACCCAACCUACAGUACAACCUAUUACGAUUACAGGAGCACAAGGACAACAGUUGACACUUAUUCCAGCAUCUGCAUUAGCAAAUUUAACUGCGCAGCAAGGUAAUAUGAUGAGAAACGUGAGUAACGGAAGUAUAAUGCAGAUUCAGCCAACUACUGGGAUGAACACGGCUAACGGUUUUUUACAAUCGAUACCUGUGCAAAAUAUCCCAGGCUUGGGAAAUGUACAAGUGAUACCUGCUAGCGCAUUGCAGCCGGCUACUGUUCAAACAUUGCCCGCUACCGCGGCUGCACCUAUUGUUGCGACUACGCCAACUGUGCAACUUGACUCGAAUGAUCCUACCAAAUGGCAAAUUCUUCAAACUCUUCAGUCACACGGAACUUUGACAACAUCAGCUACACCUGUAUCUCAUCAACAUCAAAUAUCGAAUCAAACGAUCAAUAACGUCUCCAAUAAUGAUACUAAUGAUUCUAAUAAGCAGCAUCGUCGAAGAGUCGCGUGUACAUGUCCUAAUUGCGGCGACGGAGACAGAAAUAGAGAUAUAACUAGAAAACGGCAACACGUAUGUCAUAUCGCUGGAUGUAAUAAAGUAUAUGGAAAAACGAGUCAUUUACGUGCUCAUUUACGCUGGCAUACUGGCGAACGACCUUUUGUCUGCACUUGGAUAUUUUGCGGUAAAAAGUUUACUAGAUCUGAUGAACUUCAAAGGCAUCGUAGAACUCAUACUGGUGAAAAGCGUUUCCAAUGUCCGGAGUGCACAAAGAAAUUUAUGCGAUCGGAUCAUCUAACGAAACAUAUUAAAACACAUACGAAGAUACGAAGUACGGAAGCUGCCACCUCAACGCAGGAAGGCUCUUCCGACAGCCAGUCUUCCACCGAGCAAAAAAUUAUUAUUGCUCUGCACAAAGAAACUGACCAAUCGGAUAUUGUUAUAUCAGAGCAAAUUGAAAAUCUGAAAACUGAAUCAACGAAUCACGUAACAAAUGAAUAAAAGUUUUGAAGUAACAUUGGAUCGCAAUCAGUCAGACAGUAUUCUAAUAAAUUUUAUGAUAAAUUUGUCUCAGAAAAUGAUUUCUGAAGAGGAAAAAAAUCAGUAAAUAUUAAACACGUUUUAGCAUGUAAAAAUUAAAAUUUUGUAUUAAUAUUGUUAUGUGUGUAAUAUAUAAGUGCUGUGUUAAUACAAACUACAGACUAUUGAAAUUAAUGCUACAUGGUCAAACGCGAUUGACCUGUCUGUUCUAUAUAAGUAUGGUGAAGAGUUUUUAGAUAUAAUCACAACUUGUAACAUACAAUCUAUUUUUUUAUUGCGGUUACGUAUGUAUAUAAUGUAAAUCAAUGUAUACAAUUUUGCACAAGAAAGUUUUACACUUGUAAACAUCUUUUGAUAUUAUAAGGAUUCAGAGAGAU